AUGUCAGACGCAGAAACAUCGAGCGAUGAAAACCUUACAGCUUUCACAGAAAUGGAAUAUCGCUUUGUUAAACAGAACACCAAAAUUAAAACGCACCACUUCAUACAAGCAACCAAAAGCUUGGUAAAACUAUUGGAAAAAAUAGGAAAAAUGUUUGCACCUGUGGUGUACGACCUAAACGAAAGUGUAAAGAAGUUAUUAGGCAAAUAUGAACAGAACAAAGUAAAAUAUAAGUAUUUGGAAGAUAUAAUCAUAGAAGAAAACGAAGUGAGUCUACAGAUAUUAGAUGCUGUUGUAUGGAUCAAAAGAAAUAUGCAGUUUUUGGCAAAGUUUUUCCAAUGCAUAACUGAUGACACGUAUAAUCUAGCCCACGAUUUGACAGUUUCCCUUAAAGAAACCUACACCGAAACAUUGGAACCGCACCAUGGCUGGUUGGGAACACAGUUAUACAAUGUUCUGUGUAAAUUUGCCCCAUGCAGAAGAACCUUUUUGUAUGUACUGGCUUUGGACAAACACGACAAACAAAAUUUGGUUUUGAAGGACAUGAAGAACUUUGUGCAAGAGUUAAAUCACACUGCUACGUAUUUAGAGGAUUUUAUUACGAAAAAUAAUCUUGAGUAA